AUGGCCCAAGAGGUUGAUCCUAUUGUGCGCAUCAGAGAACUCAAAAAGGAUCAGGUCAACUUCGUCCUCGAAAAUGUGGACCUCGCCUUUGCAAACUCAUUCCGUAGGGUCAUGAUGGCCGAUAUUCCUACUGUGGCGGUUGACAUGGUAGAAGUCCAGACGAAUACAACCGUCCUCCCUGACGAGUUCAUCGCGCACCGGCUCGGCAUGAUCCCCCUCGUUAGCCACAAUUGUGAUCAGGGAAUGCGCUAUACUCGGUUGUCUGUCAUGGUCGAGGAAGGUGUGACUAUGGAUGUGACGAGUGCCCAUUUAGAUGUCUCCGGGCCACAUAGAGGGCAGGAGCAGCAUUGGAAUGAGGAGGCGGAGGGUAAUGAGGAAAUGGCGAAACGUGGAAGUAACUUUGGGCAUCCCGUGGGCAAAGAUGAUCCAAAUGUACCUCCCGUACUUAUAUGCAAAAUUCGCAAGGGACAGGAGCUCAAAGUUCGCUGCAUAGCGAAAAAGGGAAUAGCGAAAGAGCAUGCAAAAUGGUCUCCGUGUUCGGCUGUAGCCUUUGAAUAUGACCCUCACAACAAGAUGAGACAUACAACGUACUGGUACGAGACGGAUGCACGCGCAGAAUGGCCCCUGAGCGACAAUGCACUAGAAGAGGAACCCCCACGAGACGACCAGCCCUUCGACUACAACGCACGGCCAAACCGGUUCUACCUCAACGUUGAGACUGAUGGUAGUCUCGGGCCGCAGGAGGUCGUCAUGAAGGGUCUCCAAGAACUGCAGCAAAAACUUGCUAGUCUCCUCCUCGGACUUAAGGCUGAACCUGAGUUAGAUUUGCUACCCGGCGGGGAGGCUCCAUUACCCCCAGCCAACGGUGCCGGCGGCGCACCAGGGAUGGCCCCGGCGAGUGUAUGGAACGCCGGAGGAGGCAGCUGGAACACCAGCCCAACAGCUGGUGGUGCCAUGUGGGGAACAACCCCGAACCCAGGUGGGAAUUGGGGGAGCACUACUCCGGCAGCGGCUGGUGCAGGUGGAGGGUGGAGCACUACCCCAGCAGCCGCUGGUGGUGGAUGGGCAGAUACUGGUGCAGGAGGAGGCUGGCAGAGUCCCGGCCGCGGUCCUAACCCCGGAUGGAGCAGUCCUUCGCAGAAUGUGAACGGAUGGGCUGCGUAA